CGUCGUCCUUUUUUCUAAAUCACACAUUCCACACUCCCCCCACAGCCCGUCUCCACUCUCCGAGACCCCAACCCAAUCCGUAGACGGUGAACAUGGGCCGCCGCCGCCGCCAACCCUCUUCGCCGUCGCCGGCGGCGGAGCAUCCGCUGGAAGACGACGACCUACUGCGCGAGAUCCUCCUCCGCCUACCCCCACAGCCGCCCUACCUCCUGCGCGCCUCCCUCGUCGCCAAGCGCUGGCGACACAUCGCCACCGACCCCAAGUUCCUCCGCCGCUUCCGCGUCCACCACCGGAAGCCUCCCCUCCUCGGGGACUUCUCGUAUGAAGACGGGAGACUCUCGUUCAGAUCCACCCUGGACCUGCCCUACCGCAUCCCUCCCGACCACUUCCCCCUACAACUACAGCACCACGGUCGCGAGCCAUGGACGUUGGUCGACUGCCGCCACGGACGCGUGCUCCUCAUCAACAGCGAGAUGCGUCAGGUCAUUGUGUGGGACCCCUUGACUGGCGACCGCUCCCUCUUGUCACCUCCGCCGGCGUUUGACGACAUGCACACUGCGGCGGUGCUCUGCGCUGCCGGCGAGCAGGGCCACGCGCAUGGUGCCUGCCACUCGAGCCCUUUUAAAGUGGUCGUGGUGGACAGCUGCGAGCACGGCGAUGAAACCGUCGUCUUCGUGAGUGUUUACGCAUCGGAGACUGGCGUAUGGAGUGAUCUCCUCUCAACAACGCUUGCAUCUAUGGGUAUUGCUGUUGGUAAUCGCAGCACACUUGUUGGUAAGACCCUUCGCUGGUUGCUUCUGAUGAGUAACAACAUACUUGAGUUUGAUAUGGAUAGACAGACGCUAGCUGUGAUCAAAAGGCCACCUGGUGUUCGUUCGGAUGACAGUGCUUGGAUCAUCCAGGCAGACGAUGGCGGUGUUGGCUUCUCUGCUUUGUCGUGCCCCCACUGCCAGUAAUCUGCUGCUACCACCAACCCUGUUUCCGAAUGUGGGAUAGGAAGGCCAAUUGUUAUGGUGUUGCCGUAUGGGUGUUGAGGAAAUCCAUUGAACUGCAGAAGCUACGGGUUGGGGUUUAAGAUUGAGACGAACAGGUCACAUAUAGUGCGUUAUGCCGAGGAUGUUCAUGCAUUAUUUUUAUGGGUGCACUCAUCUCUCUUCAUCGUUCAGCUUGAGUCAAUGCAGCCCAAGGAGCUUUUUAAAAGGAAUCAUGUGUACACCUAUUAUCCUUUCACAAGUUUCUAUGAUGAAGGUAUCAGUAGUUUGAAGCAGAAGUAGCUUACUGGUAUACUGCAACAUGGAAUGCUGACUCUUGCAGGAGUGACUAUGACCGUCGAUCAUAGUUGUCAACUUGCUUGACUUGUAGAAACUAUGUAAUGCUCUGGUACUAUUUUCAGCAAUCCUACAUGUAAUCGUCAACUGAACACUCUGAAAUGCCUGGAUCCAUUCAGCAGUAUUGAGUAAUGAUUUUUCUGUUUUCA